GAAAAUGAGAAUCGUCGUGAAGGUCGAUAAUCCACCACGAGGAAUGGCAAUAAACUUAUUGUUAGUUCCUUUUUCCCUCUCCUAAUCCGAAGACAAGGGUCGGAAAAAAUAUCCCGAAGCGGUCGUACGCUACAUUUUUCUUUGUGAAAAACCAGUCGGCGGCGGCUGCAACGGCUGCUAGAAGAGACAAGAUUGCAUUCCGAUGCAAGACUCCUGUGGUAUCUCGUGGCGAACAAGGACAACAACGAUUCGCUAAACGAUUUCGCUUAACCAACCUUUUACAAAACGCAAAGUUACUUUCCAUUUAAUUUGCUAGAACAUUUAGCAUCAUGAAGAUAAAUCGAGUGAAGGAAAGAAAAAGAAAAAAGGAUUAUUCGAUGAAUGAAAAAUAUCGAAAAGAAAGGAUAGUUUGGAAGGUACAUCUCGAGGAACUAAAGCUAAGGAAGAAACUACAUAGUUAUUUCCCGAUCAAAGGAGAGUCCAAGUAGGUCCCCCUUCCUUGCGAAGGUAAACCUGGGAGAACCACCUGUAGGCUGCACGAGAGGUGCUGUUGUCUUUUCACCUGGCAGUCGAAGCUACGAUCGCGAGCGAGCAAGGGGAACCGAUAUUCUUGCUCUCCUUUAGAUCUUCUGCUAGUUCAACCGUCGCGAUCUUUCGAAUAUCUCAAUGAAGAAAUUUCCGAGAACAAUUAGAUAAGUCAUUUUGAAAAUAUCUCAUCGCGAGUGAAUAUAACUAACACGAUUAAAUAUGUGAUUUUAUGAAUACAACUAUUAUUUCAAUCGUUAAGUGUUUCGGACAAUUUUCUCGAAAGGAAAAGUGUCAUUUAAAAGGAUUCAACAUGGACACUGUCCUUGAAAAAAUGGGCAAGCUUAAUCUGAGGAUUCCGAGCUGUCCUAUAAAGAGUCCACAACCACUGAAGGAAUUUGUCGGCCGCUGUCAAACGAUGCCAUCGAGAGUGAAGAAGUCUUUUUGCGGUUGCCUCCAAGAUGACGAGCCACCGGAAAUCACGUACUGCGUGGUGGAACACACUGGUACGCUCACGCUUCAAGCAAUGACGCCGACUUUGCCCAUGCCAGCCGAAGAAGAACUGAACAAGAUGUUCCUUGAAUUGGUCGACGAGCUCGAUUUGACGCAAGCUAAUCGACAAGCAGUUUUGGCACUUCCGGCUAAUAAAAAAUGGCAAAUAUAUUGUUCAAGAAAGGGAAAUGGAACGCUCGAAAAUGGGGGCUUGAGAACUACUGAUCUUAGCGGUGAUCCUGACGAUUACAUUGACAGGAUCAGGGCCAUUGCCAGUAGUCAAUUUUCAGAGGAAGAAGAGGAAGCAGCGAUACGAAUGCGCCAAGUGGAAGCUCUGAAGACAGCUCUGAGAACACAACCACACAGCUUCGUCCUAAGGUUCAUCGAACUGGAUGGUUUGAACGCUUUACUACAAGUUUUAGAGAGAAUGGACGUGGAGGCAGCCAAUAGCAAUCUCCACACGAGCGUGAUAGGUUGUUUAAAAGCUUUGAUGAACAAUUCGAAUGGCAGAGCACACGUACUGGCACAUCCCACAGCGAUCAAUACCAUAUCUCAAUCGCUGGCAACAGAAAACAUUAAAACGAAAAUUUCGGUAUUGGAGAUACUCGGUGCAGUAUGUUUGGUUCCCGGCGGUCAUCGUAAAGUUUUACAAGCUAUGUUACAUUUUCAACAAUAUCAUUCCGAGAGAACGCGUUUCCAAAGUAUAAUCAAUGAUCUGGAUAAAAAUUUUGGUAUCUACAAGGACAAUCUCUCUUUAAAAACAGCCAUAAUGUCAUUCAUCAACGCCGUACUUAAUUACGGGCCUGGUCAAGUCACUUUGGAGUUUAGGCUCCAUUUGAGAUACGAAUUACUCAUGCUCGGCAUUCAGCCGAUUAUUGAGAAAUUGAGGAAAUAUGAGAACGAGACGCUCGAUAGGCAUCUCGAUUUCUUUGAAAUGGUUAGAAACGAGGACGAGAAGGAAUUGGCUAGGAAGUUUGAGAAGGAGCACGUCGACACUAAAAGCGCCACAGCUAUGUUUGAUUUGUUAAGGCGAAAACUCAGUCAUACGGCAGCUUAUCCUCAUCUUCUUAAUUUGUUACAACAUUGUCUCUUAUUGCCGCUCGAUUAUGGCUCGCAUCCCCAACACUGGUUACUUUUCGAUCGAAUCGUCCAACAAAUCGUCCUUCAGACUGAAUCAAACGAAUCGGGAACACCAAAAAAUCCUGACGUAGCUCCGAUCGAUAUCAACGUCAAAGAAAUCGUUCAUCUGUUGGCUAAAGAAGAGGAACUAGUUGCAGCCAGGAAGAAAGCUGAAGAAUUGGAACGUGAAAAUUCUGAUAUGUCAACGAGAUUGGCUAAGAAAGAACAAGAACUCGAUUUACGAACGCAAGAAAAGGAAGAUAUGGAGGCAAGUUUAGCGAGAAUCAAGGAACGUCUGGAAAAAGAAACUUCGAUGCAUAUAGAAACGAAACAGAGGAUAUCGGAGUUAGAGGAUAAUCUUGAAACUCUAUCGCGUCAAAUUAAUAACGAAAAAUCCGAGAGAAAACGCUUGGAACAGUUGGUAGCAUCGGGAAGUUUGCCGGACGAUGCCAAAGCUACUUUAAAAAUCGUAGACGACGAGGUCCUGGAAAAAGUCGAAGCCAAAGCAAUGCCACCUCCGCCACCUCCACCGCCCUUGGCCCCGCCUCCUCCGCCUUGUUUAAUGCCAGCUGCUCCAGCUCCCAUGAAGGUUGAGAUAGUGAAAAAUGUUCCUCAACCAAGCAAUCCGCUAAAAUCCUUCAAUUGGUCGAAGAUACCCGAACAAAAGCUCCAAGGUACGAUUUGGUCCGAGCUGGACGAUACGAAAUUAUACAACGUCAUGGAUCUAGAAUCGAUUGACAAGAUCUUUUGUGCCUAUCAGAAGAAUGGCGUAUCCGCAGAAGGUUCUAUCGAAGAUCUACGUACCUUGGGAAAGAAUAAGAAAACUAUGUCGGUAAUCGACUCGAGAAGAGCACAAAAUUGUACGAUAUUAUUGUCGAAACUUAAAAUGUCCGACAAUGAGAUUACUAGGACGAUAUUGUCGAUGGAUCAACAGAACAUAUUACACAUCGACAUGGUCGAGCAAUUGUUAAAAUACAUUCCAUCGUCGGAAGAAGCUGCUCUAUUGGACAUGCAUCAAAAGGAAUUACAAAAUAGAGCUGAUUGUUUUCUCUAUCAAAUUUCCAAAGUUCCUCAUUACGAACAGAGACUGAGAUCGUUGCAUUAUAAAAAGAAAUUCUCAGCUAGUAUAGCAGAAUUAACUCCAAGGAUGCGAGCGGUUCUUGAAGCUAGUCGUCAAGUUGCGAGAUCUAGAAGACUGAGGAAACUGUUAGAACUGGUUCUAGCCCUUGGGAAUUACGUAAAUCGCGGAAACGCUCGCGGUAAUGCUUGUGGCUUCCGAUUAGCUUCUUUGAAUCGUCUAGUCGAUACGAAAUCAUCUUGCUCAAAAGGCACCACUCUUUUGCAUUAUCUCGUACAAAUCCUUGAAUCGAGAUUCCGUGAAGUUUUAGACAUCGAAGAAGAUAUGCCACAUGUUAGAACAGCUGCUAGAGUUAGCAUGGCCGAUCUUCAAAAAGAAGUAGCCAAUUUAAAGAAUGGUUUGCAAGACGUUCAAAGAGAAAUUGAAUUUCAUCGAGGUCAAUCACAGGUAUUGCAAGGUGACAUGUUCUUACCAGCUAUGAGAGACUUCCAGGCACAAGCCACGUGUAGAUUAGCUGAAGCUGAGGAUUUGUUCCAAGAUAUGAAAACCAGAUUCGACCGAGCUGUCAGACUCUUUGGGGAAGACUCGGCAGGUGUACAACCAAACGAAUUCUUUGGUAUAUUUGAAAAUUUCCUUCAAGCACUUGCCGAAGCUAGACAAGAUGUUGAAAACAUGAGAAAGAAGAUAGAAGAAGAAGAACGUCGAGCUAAACAGGAACAAGAGUUAAGGAAAAGGACAAUCGAAAGAAAGAAUUCUCGUGAAGGAAUAUUAAAUAGUAUAUCGUUAAGUAAAAAGAACGAAGCUAAUGGUAAUCAAGGAGACAACAAAGGUGAAUUCGACGAUCUAAUUUCUGCGCUUCGUACCGGAGAUGUUUUUGGCGAAGACAUAGCCAAAUUUAAAAGAUCUAAACGUAGACCGGUAACACCGUGUGGUCAAGAAUCACGUAGACACAGUGCUCAUAGAGAAGAUUCACGAGAACGACAUUAGGCUAUUACCGUAUAAUUUAUUUCUAUUCGAGGAUAAGAAAGGAGCACGAGAGAUGGAAAGAAAAGUUCAUCGAAAUAGAACCUUUCAACUCAUUUAAAAGGGCAAGCUCGAAUUUCAACGAGAUUCCUAAUGAUUAAUAACAAUCUCAAUUCGUGAUUAUAAUUUUUCAAAUGACGAGUCUUUAUACAAAUUAUAUUUCACGAUCGAUGGUGCUACGUUGAUCGUUUCCUAAAAUAAUUCACAGACUGCGUAGAUAGAUUUUAUUCGCUUUUUCAAGUCAAAGAGAAAGAGAGAUGCUAAUAAAGCACCAAGAUUCAAAAAUGGACGGGAAGAAUCGAUUUGUUAUUUGUACAUAAAUCAUACCAGCUUUCAUGUUUCUUUAAAAAAGGAACAAACUGUUCGGACCAAGAAAAAGUCUUACGGAUCAAAAACGUUUUCGUCGACAUUGAUAUUAAUCAAAACGCGAAUUGAUAUACAUAUUUGUAAUCAUUUUCGUUUGUAACCCAACGUUUAUUCAUUCAACGUGAAGAAUAUUGACAAAAUAGGGGCCUACAAUGACAUUUGUUGUGUCAAGUAAUUCACAAGUCUGAAUUUUCUAUCGUUCAAUUAGAAAAGAAAAACACUGAUUGGACAAUUUUUCAUUGUCAAAUGUUUGCGAUAUAGUUCGACGUUUAGAAACGAAAAUGUACGAGAAAGAAAAAAAACGGAGGUUACAAAAUCGUGCUGUAUAGAAAUCAGUGUUUUAUAAGCUUUUGUACUUUUGUAUAUAUAUAUGGUAAUAUCGAUGUCUAGUUCUCGCCAAAAAUCUAAAACUAAAUUUCUUGCUCGCGAGAAUCUCGAUGUCUGAUAAUUAAUUAAUUAAUUAAUUAAUUAUAUAUUACGCGUCUCUCUCACUGAUAUCACCAUGUAUUAAUAUUUGAGAAAAUAUAUCUAAUAAAAGAGUAAGAUAAGAAUCGUAAA